AAGCACUCAUGCAGAAACUUCCUAUUUAUCUAUCAUCAUUAAUUACCAAACCCAGUCUCAGGCUUGGAUAACACCAGGGACACCAGGGACAUUGGUUCAGCUCUAACCAGGAUGUAUUGUUUGUGUGUUACAGGAGGCACCAGGGACAUUGGUUCAGCUCUAACCAGGAUGUAUUGUUUGUGUGUUACAGGAGGCACCAGGGACAUUGGUUCAGCUCUAACCAGGAUGUAUUGUUUGUGUGUUACAGGAGGCACCAGGGACAUUGGUUCAGCUCUAACCAGGAUGUAUUGUUUGUGUGUUACAGGAGGCACCAGGGACAUUGGUUCAGCUCUAACCAGGAUGUGUAUGAGACACAGAAGCAUCGAGGCCAAGCUCAGAGACUUUUCAAUGGCUUUCAUGGACUGCAUGAUCAACCCUCUACAGGAUCAGAUGGAGGAGUGGAAGAGAGGAACUAACACACUGGAUAAGGACCAUGCUAAAGAGUACAAGAAAGUUCGGAGUGAGAUCAAGAAGAAGUCUUUAGACACUCUGAAGCUACAGAAGAAGGCAAAGAAAGCUGAUGCCCUGGGUAAGUGUGUAACAGACUGGUGGUCUGUCUGUUAG